CUCGCUCGGCGCUGCGCGUGACCGAGAAGAGAACCCAACUUGAGAUCCGACAAACAUUCCCCCGAGCAGGUCCCUUCCCAACACGGCCAUGUCCCAGAAACCAACAAGCUUCGCUUGUGACCGGUGCAGGGCGGGGAAGCGUAAAUGCGAUGCUGCCCGUCCUGCAUGCUCCUUGUGCAGCAGGCAGAACAGGGAAUGUGUUUACACUGAGCAACGCCCCAGAAAACGGAAAUACUGGGAUGAGGACUACGUCAGAGCCCUCGAAGCCCAAGUACAGUCGCUGCUCUUGGCUCUAGAGAAGCAAAGCGUCGAGAAGGAGUCGUCGUCGCCGUUGUCUCUAAGUGACCGUGCAUCUCACUCUGCAGAGCCUGAUGCCAGUCUCAGAGAAAGUCUCGAUGGAGGUGAUGCCACUGAAGGUCUCGCAGUCAGCGGCAACGACGAGGACACCAAGGACGUUGUCUCCAUAGAAGACCAUGGAGGUAGUGCAAGCAAGGACUCGGGGACACAAGAGAGGUCUCAGAUGGCAAUGGAAGAGCUCUGUGUAAUGUUAUGGAGAACAAACGUCGGGGACGGGGUAACUAUCAUCGACGACCCUGCCAUUGCGUCUCACUACUCAAUCGACCCCAUACAGCCGGCUGUACCGAUGGCCCAUCAAGUCAUCCCUCCAGAACAAGUGCUCGUUUACUGCCGACAGAAGGGCCUAAUUCACGAGAUGGCGGAUCUCUUCUUUGAUAACAUCAACCAAGAACACCAGUUCACGCCCUACACGACCACCGACUUUCUCCACAGCUACCCUUACCAAUCUCCAGAUGAAGCCUUCUUACACAGUGCCAUCAUAGCAACGGGUACAACCUUUACACGCAGGCCCGAUGCCACCCUCAUAGGAGAUGCAUUCGCGCAGUUUGCAGAAAGCCUCAUCUUCACCUGCUGCAGGCAGAAUCCUACACUCAAGGUCAUCCAGGGGCUGUCCAUGAUGUCCUGGCGCUCAUUGGCCAUGGGGAGAGAUCACUUUGGCUGGAUGUUCAUCUCCAUGGCCGCCGGCAUGUGCGUACAUCUGAGACUGCACGUCCUGGUGCUAGACGAGUGCGAGGCCAGGCAGCUGGAGGCUACGGAGCAGGAGAUUCACACUUUUUGGAUGUUUUACAUCAUUGACCGGACAGCCAUCUCGAUUCUCGGCCGUGACUGUGCAUUGCCGUGGCGGAGAGUCAACGUGCCGGACUUUGAGAUGACCUUUGAGAACUCGAAGGCGGACCUUGGUCAAGUAUCUUUUGCAUGGCAGUGUAAGUUGUGGUAUCUACAUGACCAGUACAUGGAUCAGGUCUUCUCAACAAACUUCGAAUCUCUACCCAUGCCACAACAAGUACGCAUUCUCGUAGCAAGCCAGGACGCACUCAGCGCCUUCUUUCGAUCACGCGACGACAGGCUCCAUCUAUCGGGUGACUCGACCCCGAAACCAGUCAUUCAAUUCCACCUAGCCUACCAAAUGACAAUCCUCAUCACUAUGCCGCCUUUCCUCCGCAUCUUCGCCGCAAUCUCACAAACCUCAGAAACAACCGAGCCCGGGAACACCACUAACAGCAAAAGACAAAACUCGGAAUUCAUGCUCCUGGUUCUCCGCUCCCUCACCGCAGCAGCAACCGCAACAUCCCGCCUCAUCCGCACCUACCGCCGCGCCCACGGCUUCGACACCUCCCCGAACCCAGUCAUUAUUCACCACCUCCUCAGCGCCGCAAUCGUGCACCUGAUGAACGCGACCAGUUGGACGCCGGCGCUGCGGCAUCAGAGCACGUACUGGCUCCGGCAGUGCCUCGAGCUUCUGCGCGAGCUGCAGGUCUCGUGGCCUGUUCGCGCCGUCAAGAGCAUCAAGAUCAUCCGCGUGCUCGCGCAGCGGUGGGGCGUCAUGAGGGCCUUGCCCAUCGAGUUCAGCUACCAGAUCGAGCAGACAACGACGCCUGAUGCAGAGAGGGACUCGGGCGCGAAUAUUACGCAGCCUAGGAGUAGGAAUAUGGGUGAGGCGGACCUGGGUGGCGUGAACCAGGUCCAGUUUGAGUAUGAGUGGGAUGGGUGCGGCGCUACUGCGGCUGACGCGCCAUCCGUGGACUUUAGUACCUUGGACAUGAGUUCUUUUGCGUCUUUGGGAACUCUCGAUGUUUCUGGAUUGAGCGGUCAGCGGACGAAUGCCAUGGGCAGUGUUGACUUUCUCCAAGCCUCCCAGGGGCUCACGGAUUGCGAGGAUUUCAACUGGCUUUCGAGCAAUAACGGGUUAUGAGCGGGUUAAGAGAUGGAAAAUUGCCUCGGGUACGUGUAGCGCAAGACUCAUGUUAACAAUAUAUCGACACUAUGGGACGAGACUUUUUCGUCGUUCUAGAAGAAUUUGUGGCGAUC